CCUCUCUCUCUCCAGUGUGUGUGAGAGGGGAGUGAGUGCCGCGUGGAUCCCUCCUGAUAUUUCCAACUCGAGAGGCAGUUCUCCCUUUCUCUCUCUCUCACUCUCUCUCUCUCUCUCCCUUUCUGCAUGUGUGCUUGAGUGUGUGUGUGUGUGUGCACAGACUCUGCGUGUGCGCAACAGUGUGUGUGAGAGACGCACAGAAGAAAGAAAGAGAAAGGAAUACACAAGUUUUCUAUUAACAUCUCACUCUGCCUUUUGGGGCUCUGGGAUUUUCACACAGACAGUGAGGAUCUGUUGUUGUGGCGGCCGAAGGGGGAUUUGCGCUGUGAGGCUCUUCACUUCUUCAUCAUCAGGGGAGAGACGGCAGAGGAGGGGAGAGGCAUGUCAGGAGCACCCCUCCUGAGGAGAAACUCCAGCAAGCAGGGCUUACAGAACCUGCUGAGGGUGACAGCCCAGAGGAGCAUAGAGGAUGCCGAGGAAAUCGAGAGGGAGCGCAGACGCAGGGCACGGGAAGCCUGGCGUAAAGAGCAUGGCCUCUCUGCAACUGACGGGCCCUCCCUGGACACUGAGCCCCCUGCAGAAGCCACCCAGUCAGCCCAGAACUAUGCAAGUCCCUCAAAGACCAGUGGUACUGGGGCUCUGGAGGAGGACGAGGGCUUCAGCGAUUGGACCCAGCGCCUGGGACAGGAACGCAAGCUCAGGCUGGAGAAUGGGCGACCCGCGGAACCUGAAGCUGCUGAGCGGGGAGUAAACGGAGCGGCCAAACACACGGAAAAGAUGCGCUGCGCCUCCUCGGCCACGACGACCACGACGGCCAGGCUGCAGAGGUCACAGCAGGACAGGGAGGAGAACCAUGAGGAGGUGGGGGAGGAGGAGGACGUGCGUUUGGGAAGCAGAAUGAGUGAGAAGAAGAGGAAGGAGUUUGGGAGAAAGGAACACCAUCAGACACACAGAGAGGUACAGCAGAAGAGCAAAGACGUGGUGAACCCGAUCAAGAAGAGAGGAGAGAGUGAAAUAGCAGAUGUGGAUGAAAAGAUGAAGAAGAAGGAAGUGAUGGUGUCUUACACAUCCAAAGUCCUCGUGCAACAUGAUGCCAAGCCCAGGAACAGCAACGAAGAUAUAUCUUCUGUGGAAGAAACAGCUUCACAUGUGAUCAGAACCAAGAAGACUCUCAGAAGCCCGAGCCAGGCCCAGGCCCAGGCGCCCCGGGACGAGGAGGGGGCGUACCUGGAGACGGAGCAGAAACUGGAGAAGUUCCGGCGCAGCCACCAGGAGAAGGAGAGCCAGGAGCUGGAGCAGCUGAAGCAGAAGCAGGCCGAGGCCGAGGCCGAGCUGGAGGAGCUCAAGACGAGGAGGGAGCAGCGGCGCAGGGUCCGCGAGGAAGAGGAGCGCAAGAAGGAAGAAGAGGAGCAGCAGAGGCUGGCCAAAGAGGAGGAGGAGAGGAGACACAUGAAGGAGGAGAUCGAGAGGAGGAGGAUGGAGGCGGCCGAGAAGAGGAUGAAGAGUAUGAACACGUCCAGCCUGGAUGGGGAGGAGCUGUUCAACCCGCUCAAUCCCAAGAGUCCCACAGUGAAGAGGGAAAAUGAGGAGAGAUUGACAGCUGAGAGUACAUACUUGAUCACAGCGCGAACAGAGUCCUUGAACCGCUCUCUGAAGAAGAGCAACAGCUUCAAGAAAACCCAGCCCCCUCUGCUCCUCUCCAAGAUAGACGACAAGCUGGAGCAGUACACGCACGCGGUCGAGAGUUCCUCAAAAGAAGCCAAGCCAGCCAAGGCAGCUGUGAUGGAGGUGCUGAGUCCUCCGACGCCAGUGGCCUCCACCAAGAGCCUGUUUGAAGCCGGGGAGGCCUGGGCCCAGAAUGCCCCCCGAGGACAACCCUCUAAGGACACUGAGGGGAUUAAAGUGGGUGUGGCUGAUCUGAUAACCAACUGGGUAAAAGGGAAUCCUGACGGCAGCAACAGAAACCCAUCCAGACCUGCGGAUGUGAAACCAGGUGAUGUCCUGCACAAGAAGAAUAUGUGGGAGGUCAUUGGAGAGAACUCUUCAGGCAGACCUGGAUUAGGAGGAAAGGGCCUUUCGCCUGGGAAGAAGUACAAAUUUGUUGUGACUGGCCACGGCAAAUACGAGAAGAUCCCCAUGGAUGAUGACAAUUAUAGUGAUUUUUCAAAUGGGAAAACAGGUGAAUUAUGCCACGAUGACUUCUGAGACACCAGUGAUAGUUGGUCACCUAAAGGGAAGUAGGAUCCUGUGGUAUAGUUCUACACAAGCCUUCUCUCAUAUAUAUUGUAAACGCUCCUGCUUCAAAAAUCACGCCAUAGGCACCUGAAACUCAUGUAUUUUAUAUGUUCCCACUUGCAGUGUUAGCUCUAGCUUCGUUCUGUUGUUGUCAAGUUUUGAGAUUGAGUAAUGAGAUUUAUUUUGAUGUCUAAGAUGUCUCUCUAUGUUCGUUAUGUAUUAAAAGAAUUUAAAUGUUUCAUCCUCAAAGGCACAAAUGUUUUGUCUAUGCAAGCUUUACUGAACUCCUACCAUUUAAAUAAGCCAGUGGAUCUUCAUGAAUGAUUAUCAACGAUUUCUUCAAGGCGAUGAAAUACAUGUUAAAUUAGCAUCACGUCUGCUUUUACUUAUUCGUAAAACUAAUACUAAAACAAAUACACAUGCUGUUGUUGUCUACAUGUUUUGUGCCAAUGAUAAUGAGCAUGGUUGAACACUCUGGAUUUUCCACUCUGUACUUUUUAACCUUUUAAGCUAUUUUUGUAAUUCAGAUUGGUAUGGAGUUUGAAAAAGAGGUUCUUAUUUUUUUUUUAUCUUGCCAAUACCCUGGACAUUAUCCUGUGAUGCUAAUUGAGUGUUGCAUCCUGUGAUAACCUGAGAAUACACAUUCCAUUCAGAGAAAAAAAAACAUUAUUUUCUGUUUUACUGAUAUAUUUUCCUUCAUCACUGGUACUAAACUUUCUUCCCUUUCCAUUAUUAUUUAAUGAAUUGCAUUAUAACUCAUGAUGAUAAAAAAUGUACUGCCUUUCACAAAUAUCAAACACAUAUUUGAGAUCUUACUGAUAUGAUUAUAUGUUUCUAUAAAAGCUGAACACUGGAGUAAAACCCUCAGCAUCUUCAGUCUGGUCUAUAUCUAUAUCUAAGUGCUCUGUUUGAGGGACCUUUUUCAAAUUGUGAAAACAUUUUAGUAGGAAUAUCAUAAACUAAAUUAUCUAUAUCACAGUCAUUGUUCCUUUGAGAAAAUGAUUGUGACAUUUCUUUUAAGUCGCAAAGCUAGCUUGUUUAAUUUCAAUUCUCUAACCAUUUUGCAUUGAAACACUUACUCUAGUUCCAUCCCUGUAUCACCCCUGUUCUCAAAGCUCUGUUUUGUUCAUAUGCAAUAAAAUAUUUUAUAUGGUUGUAA